UGCUGGCAGAUGUAGAGAACUGGGCGUGAGCUUUGAGUGUGAAAGACGAAAGAGGAAAAGCAGAUGGGCGGGCAAGUUGGGCUUAUCCGCUCGGCUUUGAGCUCUGGCGAUGAAUGGGACGGUGAAAGUUCGCUUGCUCUUGUUCUGCAAGGCAACACAGCGGGCGGAGGAGCAACGCGCCUUCACCUCAACUCUCCUCACCAUCACCAUGGAUACGGUGCCGGUCCCGCAGCAUCUGGUCGCAUGACCUGAUAAGCUCUGUCACAAGUUCUGUUCCUCGCCUUCAAGAUCAACUUGUACUUUGCACCUCUUGGUCACUACAACGCGACUUGCACAAACACCGCAAGCGUCUCUUUACCCGCACUAUCAUCUUCCAAUACCAUGCCUCCCAAGAAAAAGACCGAGCAGGGCGCUGAAGCCACAGCCAUCAACGUCGAGACUAAGUUCAGUUGGACCCCGGAAAAUGACCGUACCCUUCUCCUUCUCUCCCUUGGCCGCAACAUCGGUACCGCAGACUACGAGAAGUUCGUCACUGCUUUGCCUGCUGGCGCAAACUUCCAAGGUGUCCGCCAACGCAUCUGCAAGCUGCGUGCCGAACAGAAGAAGAAGCACGAGGACAUGGGCUGGGAGUUGACGAGGGAGGCUACUGCAAAGACCAAGGCUCCUGCGACGCCGAAGAAGAGGAAGAGUAGCGAGGAGGACGGAGACGGGGAGACGCCUGUAAAGGCUAAGAAGGCUAGGGCCAGGAAAGGCGCCAAGUCUGAGGAGACGGUCCAGAAUGAUGAUGAGGAUAAUGGUGGCAAGGGUGAGGGUGUGAAGGAGGAAAAUGUUGAUCAGGCAGUUUGAGGUAGGACGCGUGCUCGACUGCCAUCGACCCGGAGCCUGGGCUUGACGUUAUGCGGAAAGGUGUGUGGCUUCCAUGCCUCUCAGCAUUGUU